AUGCCCCCAGAAACAUAAUUAAUUCAGGGCAAUCUACUUGUCAAAACACAAAGGAGUCUUCUUUUUAUUGCUCUCAGACUAAUGCCCAACCUGAGGUGCCUAAACGUUAGUAGAAGUGAUGUUUUGUGUCAUGUGCUGAAGCCACUGUCUUCGUGCCAUAUUAAGAAGUGAUGCUUUGUGUCAUGCGCUGAAGUGAAAGUCUUUGCGCCUUUGUUCACUGUCCAUCCUAUUUCAUGAUCAGUCAAGGGUCGAGGAAGAAGCUGUUAUGCAUUCACGCGAUGCGUCCAGGAAAAAAGCUUUUAGUGGUGUUGCUCGUGCUGCACUGGAGCGCUCGCGCCAGAGGGGAGACGGACGCUUCAACGGAGACUCAUCCCCAGUGUGACACUGAUGGAUCGACUGUAAGAUGCACAUUGGAACAGACUCAUUUGAAGAGUCCUGACCCAAUUCAACUGGAUUUCACUGAAGGACAAACUGUGGAAAUUUACAGUGCAUGCCAACAAAAAGGCUCAGAUGGGCUUAAAUGUCUCUGCCAAAGGACAAAUACCUCUGUGCAUGCAUUACAGCACACUGAGAGAUUUGGAAAUGAAACAUACACUGUACUCUGUGGCAAUCAUAGUGUUACAGUUGUUCAGUCACCACAAACGAGGCCAUCAGUUCCAGUUCUCAAAGCUAUUGCAAAAGCAGGGUCUACAAAUAUAGCUCAGUUAGUGUGUACUUCUGAGGGGAACCCUAAACCAACCAUCAAGUGGUAUGGUAACAGAAAUAAUCCAGUGGAGGGCAUGAAAAAUAAGAAUAAGACAGAGAGCAUUUUGACAAGUAACAAUGAGCAUUAUGAAACUCAAAAUAUUACGUGCUGUGCCAGUAAUUCAGUGGGGGAAGAAUGUACUCAGCUUCAUCAUUUCGAUCUCAGUAGAGAAGUGGAUGGGCAAAAUGCUCAGACGAUUUUCCUGAAAUCUGGUCAGUCUCUGCUACUCCGAUGCAUCAUAAACUCUAUGGGUGACCCUGAACUGAGAUGGCACUUCAAUAACACAGAAGUCAAGGGUAUAACAUCGUUAUAUUUUCAUGACUGGACGGAAUACUUCUUUACUGAAUCAGUGAACGUGACACAUAGUGGGCAGUAUACCUGCAUAUCUAAUAACAAAAAAACUAGGAACACCCUUGUCAGGGUCCUUGAAAAUGACAAAAUCGACAUAUUGCAGUUGAAAGAGAACAACAGUAUAGUAGCACAAGAUAAGGCAAGCUUCUGCUUCCAGGCUCUGGUGUUCUCCUUCCCAAAAGCCCAGUGUCACUGGAUUACACCAAAUCAAACCGAGAUACAGUGCAGAGAGACUCAUUACCAUAAUUUUAAUAGUACAUUUAAGCUGUGUAACCCAGAACCAGGCCAAUAUCAAAUAAAACUAAAGAAUCAGCACUAUAGUGUCAUAAGGAGUAUGUCGCUCUGCAUUUCAGACAAUCCUAAAAUUGCAAUAAAAUUCCACAAUGAUUCAAAUGUCGUCUCUUGUGAGACUGAAAGCACCCUACCUAUGAAUUUAUCCUGGAAGAUCUGCCUGUCACAUACCAAUUGUAAUGAGGAAGGCUGGAAAGAGAUACCUGUUGUCCAGCCCAAGGUCAUGGAUUCAGAUAAAUUCUGUCAGAAGAAAAUUUAUUUUGCCAGACCCAGAUGGAACAGCGAGGACCAUUUUAUGAAAUGCUGCAUCUCUAACAAAGCAGGGGCUGAAUGUAGUGACCAAAUACGACUUCCAGCAAGUUUCUUUAGUAUUAAUUACAUGAUUUGCUUCCUGGUCAUCUUUAUUCUCCUCAUGAUCAUCUUUGCCUUAAUCAUCUUCAUCAGAGUUAAGAAGCCUGGCUACCAGUGUCAGAUCCAGAUGAUUCAGAUGAUCGGACCCAACGACAAUGACUACAUAUAUAUUGAUUUCAGGGAGUUUAAGUAUGACCUGAAAUGGGAAUUUCCACGAGAAAAUCUUGAGCUUGGUAAUGAGCUGGGAUCUGGAGCUUUUGGGAUGGUUGUGCAGGGUACAGCUUAUGGCAUCAACAAGCCUGGAGUGUCCAUUCAGGUAGCAGUAAAAAUGUUGAAGGAUAAGCACCAGGCAGUGGAAAAGGAAGCUCUGAUGUCUGAACUGAAAAUGCUGACUCAUAUUGGACACCAUGAAAACAUUGUCAACUUGCUCGGCGCUUGUACAAGCUCAGGUCCUAUAUACCUGAUAUUCCAGUACUGCUGUAACGGAGAUCUCUUGAACUAUCUGAAGAGCAACAGGGAAAGUUUUUACAAAUAUCUGACAGACGCUUUCAACAGGGACAGAUUCAGGGGCCUCUACCACAACUUCCAGCAGAAGAGAAACUCAAGUGAGUAUAAUGAGCAUGAUACCAACCAAUACGUGCACAUGACUCCCUCAACCAAAGGACAGGAGAAAGAGGCGCUCCUCAGGCCCAGCAUCAGCUCAGUGUCUACUAUUGAGGAAAUGCUUGAAUGCGAAGAAAAACAUCAAGAAGAGGAACUUCAGAGUUUCACCUAUGAUGACCUUCUGAGUUUCUCUUUUCAAGUUGCAAAGGGCAUGGAGUUCCUGUCAUCUAAAAAUUGUAUCCAUAGGGACUUGGCAGCCAGAAAUGUUUUGGUGACACAAGGCAAACAGGUGAAGAUCGGUGACUUUGGCCUUGCAAGAGACAUUGAACAUGAUUCCAACUACGUUGUAAGAGGAAAUGUGCGUUUGCCCGUGAAGUGGAUGGCUCCUGAGAGUAUUUUCAAAGGGGUUUACACAAUGCAAAGUGACGUCUGGGCCUACGGCAUUUUGCUAUGGGAAAUCUUUUCUCUAGGAGUCACCCCAUAUCCUGGAAUAACUGUGAAUGACACAUUCUACAGAAUGAUUGAAAGUGGAUAUCACAUGGAGCAACCCUAUUAUGCUGAAGAAUCUGUUUACAAGGUAAUGUGUCGCUGCUGGAUGAUUGAUCCUGUCGACCGGCCUUGUUUCUCCAAGCUUGUGGCUUUCAUGGAAAAAGAGCUGGCCGCUUUGGAAGAGAGGCUGUAUUACAAUGUUGAAGGAUAUUGCCACAAUGACACAACAUAUCAGAAUGCACUCGUGACCCCGGAUGCUACAUUGAUGGAGAAAAUGGAUGUUUGCCGAUCCAGCACUGAGAAUUCAGAUGAAGCAAAGCUGUGGACAAACCUGGAUCUGUAAGAACAAAACCUCUCGUUUAAACAUAGGGGUUAAAGCCUUGCAUUAGGAAAACAUAAUGCAUAACCAUUAAUAGCCACUUACACAUAGCAUUUUUAAUUUCUAAGAGAAAACGUGGAAGGAAUUGGAAGGAAUAAUUCAUGUGUUUAAUGUUUUUGUUUAAGGCCUAUUAACAAAUUUUCACAUUCUUCCACGAGUGUUUACACUGUAAUUCAUAACAUACAGUAUUUGGAUGUUGUUUUGUGCAGGAUGCUUCUUUAGGCACUUAAAUAUAUAAAUAAUAACCAACUUUCCCAAUUUUAAUUAGAAUUCUAGAUAUUGUACCUGAAUAACCUGCUUCUGUACUCCGUAAUGAAGGCUUACAAGAGAUGCCGUGUUUGAGAUGUACAACAGAUUAUGAUUUUUUUUUGCUGCACUUUGCAGAAGAAAUUGCUAUAUUUUUAUAACAAAAAAUAAUAACUUUUCAUUAUAUUUAUUCAGAAAUCUUAGACAUUUAUGGUUUAAUCAUUAAUCUUGAAACAUUAUUUAUCAUGUAAUAGUCUGAAUAUUAGAAUAGUCUGGCAGUGUGCUUAGUUAUGCUUGUGCUUAAUAGAACUUUAAUGUGCACAUUUGUGCAGAUUGUCUAUAAACAAUAUAGUCCAUAGCUUACAUUUCAGUGUGUCUUUUUAAGUCAACAACAAGCAAAGUACAAACAACCUUACUGUUUAGGUUAAGCAUUCCUAACUUUUUCAGUCCACUGAGACAAUAAAUAAGUGGGCAUGAUAACUGAAAAGGAGUUAACGAACUGUCAAAUGUUUAUGAAAAUAUUGACAAAUAUUUGUAUGUAAGGUUUAAGAUGCAAAAAAGCAAAUAAAACACAAUACAAGUUGUG